CACGACUCCAGAAGGACUUUUCAGGGCAGCAUAACAUUUCGAAACUCGUUUGAUUCAAUUACAGGGAGCAGGCGGAAGAGAGUAUGAAGGCAAGGAGCGUGAAAGUGUUUCUCCAGAAGGCAGACUAGCGACUGUGGCGGCGAAUGUUUUUCAAGAAGAGCUGUCACCAGAUGGCAGGAGCAUAAAUGUACAUGAUAUUGAAUAAACGCAAUACUUCAGCAGAUUAAUGCAACAGUGUUCCUACAGCAUGACGUUAUAGGAUUUGCGGUAUACAGUUCGAUUUAUCAAAAAAAAAAAACUAAAUCGUCUGUCUGCCUUCCUAGGCCUUUUCAGUUGUAAUGGACAAGGAGAUGCAAGAUGAGGAGAGCGCAGUCCCAGCUGCAUCUCAUCGUGGUGACACACUAGAGUUGCCUUUGUUUGAAGAUGCAGUAUUAGUGGACAAAGAUGUGAUUGAAAAGCUGACUGAAGGCUUAAUCUCUCAUUAUCUACCAGAUCUGCAGCAUUCAAAAUUGGCAUUGCAGGAGUUGACAAAAAAUCAGUCUGUACUACUAGACACACUGGACCAAGAAAUUGCAAAAUUCCGUGAAUGUAAUUCAUUACUUGAUAUCAAUGCACUAUUUGUAGAAGCCAAAUUAUACCAUAAUAAAUUGGUAAAUAUAAGAAAGGAAAUGCUAAUGCUGCAUGAAAAAACAACAAAAUUAAAGAAAAGAGCACUGAAACUUCAGCAACAAAAACAUAAAGAGGUACUGGAGCAAGAACAACAAAGAGAAAGGGAGCUGGAAAGGGAGCGUCAACUUAUUGCAAAGCCUGCAAAAAAGACUUAAACCUUUGUGCCAAAGUGAUUGGGAUAUGAAGAGGUCUCUUGUACUCAAACUUCCAAAAUGAAAAAUUUGAAAUGAGAAAGUGUUCAUAUGUAUAUGGUUUACUUUUUCUUUCAGUGAAUGUUGGCAACAUUCAAAUGGAGUAAUUACUUAAACACCAAAUCACAACAGUAUUAUUAUAUUUUAAUGAGUAUUUUAGAAAAUUGCUUUAAAACCUUAAACAGUUGAACAUUUAUGAUGACUUACUAUUGUAAAUGAUGAUUACCUAAUCAUACACUUACCUUAAAUCAUGCUGGGGAAGCACAGAAUCAUCAAUAUUUUUCAAAUUUACGUUUAUAUUCUAAAACAAGAACUGAAACUAGCACUUGUACAUGUCUAGUUGCAUUCAGAUAUAAAAAAACAAGUAGAUUAAUUUAGAUGCGUUCACUUCAUUUUCUGAUAUGCAUGUCAUUUUUUACUUUGUGAUGGCAAGCUGUAAACAUAUUACGGUAUAGUAAUUUAGUUCAGAUGCAGACAUUCAAUAUUUAAAACCUAUCCUGGUAAAACUGAAGGUUUAUAAAUGAUUGUAUUAUAGUGACAAUUAUCUUAUCUCCACCUUAGAGAAAAAUAAAUUUUACAGAGCCAGUCUUACACUGGUAUAUUACACAGGACAAACAUUUUUUUUUAUUAUUGUUGUUAUUAUUUUGAAAGAUCUUUCAAAAAUAAAUUUUUGUAUUUACACUGGAAAAGUUAGCAUAUUUAUCAUCAUUAUUUUUCUUUUUUAUUAAAAUAAUACUUUGUAGGAUUAUAAUUUAGUUUUUAUUGUUAUAUUAACAGUCUAAUUAUAGAAUUCAUCAAACAAAGUAAAAAGUUUGAUAACUGUCCAGAACCUUUUAACCCUUGUAUUUAAUGAUGAGAGCAAGUUGAUUUUUUUAAAAAAAAUAAAAAGCAGCUGCUUUCUUACUAUGAUUUAAAUGA